AGAAAAUCACAUAUUUCUUUCUAUAAAGCUUUGAUCACGCAUUCUCUGAUUCAAAGAAAACUAAAGAAGAUGGAGAAAAACUCAGCUAAACAUAUCCUUUCAUUUGUGUUGUGCCUCAUUCUAUUAGGUUUCUCUCAUCCGGGCUUGCAUGUAUCAGCACAGAAGUGCGACUCUGACCAAGAAUGUGCAAGGCAAUUAGUAUGCAUAGAUGGAAAGCCAAUGUGUAAACUUGACGCUGGAAAGUGCAUUUGUGUAACCGGAGAUCAGAAACAAACAUUCAAACAGCAAAACCUUAACACAAAUAACUAAAUGUUAAAUGCAAUAUUUUAUGCGCUACAAGCAUCUUUUAUGAAGGUUUGUAUGUAUACUACCAAAUAUUGAAAGUAAUGUAAUUCUUGUAAUAAAAUUGCAUUAUAUAAAAAUAACAUUUAA